GUCUCUGGUCCUCUCUAAAGGGCAGUAACAUAACAGAUAAAGGAGAAGUCUCUACUACGUAAUGUCUCUUUGUGAUCUCCACGUAACAAAAAGAAACCAUCUAAUCAGCCCCUUUCCCGUUCCCCCGCUUCCCCGCUCCAGUCUCCGCAUUGUUCCCCGGACCACUAGAACUGGGCUUCCAAUUCACAUGGUUCUCGUGUCGGUAUAAUACCUCGUCGUAUGCGGUGUAAAGCUGCCCGCGAGCGAUCUUGGUUGAACUGGACCCCUAUCCAUUCCAGGCAUCGUACAUACGCUUUCGGCAGAGCUGCGGGAGUACAAGAAUGCCACGGUCCAAACCAAGAACUAAACCCCAAAACUCUACACAUAGAACUACAGAAGCAGUAGACGGCAGGCAUUUUCACAGGAUGACAUUUAUUUCGGCGGCGCUAGGAAUCCUAGCAGUAGGCGUUCUUGUUCAAGCUUAUACUGGCUCUUCUACAUCCGAUUACGAACAAUUAUUGAAACGCGAGGUACCUGCACAAGCUCAGGUCAUCGAUUGGAAAUCGUUCAAUGUUCUGCCAACCGUUUCGCCUCCGUCCGUAGCUAAUGGAACCACGUUUUUCUUUAUACCGCCGGGACAUGAUUUAGAGUCCUUGAAGGAAAGGCCUUUUCAUAUCUACGAUGACGAGUUCUACGAUGUGAUUGGGUCUAACCCUACGUUGACACUCAUCGCCAACACGGGCACAAAUCCCAUGUUUCAUGAGGCCGCUGUCUGGUACCCGCCUACGGAUGAGAUGUUCUUCGUGCAGAGCGCCGGAGCUCCAGCUACGGGUACGGGUCUUAACAAGUCCAACAUUAUCUCCAAAAUCGCACUUUCGGAAGCAGCUGCUGUGUCAAAUGUUCGUAAUGCGACGGGGUCUGUUAACGUCCAGACGGUUGAUGCACCGGCCAUCCUUAACUCAAACGGCGCAACAAACUAUAGGGGUCAGAUCGUGUUUGCGGCAGAAGGUCAGGGCGACGAUGCUACAUCGCAGUUGGUGGUAAUGAAUCCUAGAGAACCGUACAACACCACUAUACUACUCAACAACUACUUCGGACGCCAGUUCAACUCCCUAAACGACGCCGCCGUCAACCCUCGAAACAAGGAGCUGUAUUUCAGCGACAGUCUUUACGGGUAUUUGCAGGACUUCCGGCCUACGCCCGGGCUCCGGACCCAAAUAUAUAGAUAUAACCCCGAUACUGGUGCCGUUACCGCAGUUGCGGAUGGAUUCAAUGUUAAUAAUGGAAUUACGUUCUCUCCCAACGGUUCGCAUGCAUAUGUAACUGAUACGGGGGCUAACCAGGUCGUGUUGGGUUGGAAUUUCAGCAGACCAGCCAGCAUUUACCGUUUCGAUGUGCAGGAAGAUGGCACCUGGGAUAACCGUAAGCUCUUCGCAUACGUUGACAGUGGCGUUCCAGAUGGUAUCCACUGCGAUAGUAACGGCAACGUCUACUCUGGCUGCGGAGAUGGCGUGCAGGUAUGGAACCCGUCGGGAAAGCUCAUCGGGAAGAUUUUCCUGGGCAAGACGUCCGCGAACUUCAACUUCGCGGGCGAUGGGCGCAUGGUCAUUCUGGCGGAGGAAGAUCUUUAUUACGCCACUCUUGGGGCAUCGGGGGGUGGGUAUAUUGGAGAUGUUUAGUUUUUGGGGAGGUACAUAGUAGUAAUAUGCUCAUUACUGGUUUGAUUCAACCUCGUG